UAGACAAGUAAAUGUAGAUAAGACUCGCAAGAAAUCGCAAAAAUAAGCGAUUUGAACUUCAUACCUCGGACUUAACCUGACGCUUCAAUAAAUCUAAGCAAUUUUAGAUAUUAAAAAUUGUUAACUUUAUUUCUCAUUCUUCAUAAAAUGUUUCUUGAUUUACUUAUUCUUGUACAUAUGACGUUGUCGAAAUAUUUCAAGAGAAGCAAGGAAAUUCAAACUAAAAAAGUAAAUGGAAUAAUAGUCUAAAGAUUGAUUUGCUUCAGCUAAAUCGGUGGUGCAAAGGCUGUGGAUUUUAGAUAAAGCUGUUGCAUCUUUUGAAAUGAUAUGGUUUGAAUCCAAACUUGAUUAUAGCUGCUCUACCCUUGGGAGUUUUCUAUUCGGUACCUCAGACCUCUGUAAUGUUUGAAAGGCGUUAAAGCUUCGAAAUUAUGAAUGUAGUACCCUCUUUUUAUUGUGGUAAAAAUCUAUUUCUUUAAAUUUUGAGGAAUUUCUUGAUUUUUCUAGCAUUUUUGUAGUAAAAAUCUAAAUAUAGUAAAAAUCUUGUAGAAUGAAUUCUAGUCAUGCCUGACGUAACCAACUAUUGUUAUCAACAGAAUUCUUCAUGGAAACGGGGCUUAGAAAUACAAUAUGAAUGUAAAAUGGCGGGUUGAUGGUAGUAUAGAAGUAGGUUAACUCGCUUGAGAGUUUGAGUCAUCUUCAAAGAUGGAGAGGAAUCCGCAGAGGCUCAACAGAGACAGAAAUGAUGCUUUAAAAAGACACAAAAGUGAUCUGAUUGGGUCAAGAAUGAAAGCAGAGAGACUUAAAAGCACUCUCCGGAAACUGAAGGAUGAAGAGCAAAAGAGCAAGUUGCGCAAUGAUAGUUUGAUACAUGAUUUUGAAAGAGUGAACAACAUGGCUGAAAGUUUAGAGACAAAGGCAAGAAAGUUAAAGAAAGUUAAGCAAGACUAUGAGACCUAUAUUCAUACAAUUUACCCUAAUUGGAAGGAAAAUCUGGACUUGAGCAAAAAUUCCUCACCUGGAGCAUCAGAGAAGGAGAUGAACAAUACUUCAGGCUCCUUUAACAAAAGACUGGAUAAAAGAGAAGGAAACACUUUCAAUUCGAGUGGUCCUUUGCAUUCAACAGCAAUAAAUGUCAAUAGAGACUCUGUGACAGACAGAACUUUGAAUUUUUCACCCAGAAUGAACUCGAACAGAUCAGGAAGAGAUCAUCAAUCCAUUAAUGGUUAUAAUGGGUACGAACCUGAAUUUUUUGUAGGAUGCAGCUCUUUUCAUGAAGAUAGGGCAAAAAUGCCCAUGCAGUAUGAACAUUACUCUAAUGGACCAAACCAAAUUCCUGCUUCAUCUCUCUUUAGGGACCAAAAGGACUCAGUUAAUCAUCGUGUUUCUUCCCCUUAUUAUCAUAACGGUUAUCAAGGCACAGGUAGGCCAGUCACUCAAAAUUUUGUUAAUCCAACGCAUGAUUACAGCGAAUCAUUCAGCGGUACAAGACAGUCACGACCAAAUAUUUUGAAUAUCCCAAAGAUUGAUCACCCUACUAAUAUAUCAGACUAUACCAUACUUCCGCAAGCUUUGGCUUUAAGUCCAGAAGGACAGUUGGUUUUGUUACCUAUGGCCGUCUCUCCACGAAUGCAGUCAUUUGAGAGCCGAGGGCCGAUCCAAACUGCACCAUACUCUCAAGCUGAAAGUGACGUCAAUAUUACUGGGGAUGGUGUUAGAGAGACUUCUCAAAGAACGAAAGGAAAGUUAGAUCCUACUUCUACCAAGCUGAAAGAAAAGAGGAUAUUUAGUGUUGAUAGAUUAGAAAGUGAAGUUCCAAUUGCUGGUGAACCUUUUUCAAAUGAGAAGGGUUUUGGCAAGGAUCCAAGUAAAGGCGCUCGUAGUGAUGUGCGAGUUGCAAGGAUGGAGAACCACGAUAAUGAAACUGAGCUUGAUUUUAGAUUUAGGCCGUUUAAAGGCGACAGUAACGAUACUACGAAUGACUUUGUAGAGAAUGGCGCCAAGCAUGACGAAAAGGUUUUCGUACUCGAGGAAAUGACGAAAAGUGAAAAGGCCCCAGGGACUAUGCUGGAGUCCUUUAUAUCAAAUGUUUCGGAUGAAAGUUUAUAUAGGAAUAAAAAUGACACUGACAAAGAGCUGAUUGAAUCAAGAAAGCCGUUACUGGUAGAGAAUGAUGUGGGAAAUCAAGUGAAUUUAGAGAAAGGUAAAGAGGAGGGGGUAAAGCAUUAUAAUCAGAAUCAAGCAGGUGCGCUAGUCAAGAAAAAUGAUCAUGAUGAUGCGCAGUUUUCUAUAAGCAGCCUUGGUAUUAAGAAGGAACUUGUAGAAAGGAUUAGUGAAGAGGAACUAGCAAUAUCGAAUGUGAAUGAAAGUCAUGAAUUGUUAGCUGCCAAUCCAGACGUUUGGAAUCUAGAUGUUUCACCGCCUGAUCUUUUAGGGACGGGAAAUGUUAUUGCGCGCAAAGGUAUUGCCAACAAUGAUGAAAUACCAGAUUUUCGUAAUCACGAGAAUGAUUCUCAUGAGAUUGGGGACAAGCAUAUUGAAGAUGCUAACCUAAAAGCGGAAAAUCAAGAAAAAUUGACAGAGGAAGAGUCCGACCAAACUACUGAGCCAAAUAGAUCUAGCCCUGAAGGCAUCAUCGAAGAAGCUGUAGUUGCUGUGGAUAUGCCUGGCAUAUCACAUCUGUAUGAAGAGAUUGAAAAACGAAUGGGAGUCGAUGAUCGAAAGGAAUUUUAUCGCUCAUCUCCUGACAGCCUAUCUAUAGAUAUGUUGAGCAAGAUUAAAAGCGAACUGUUAGUGGAAGGCGAUCUCCUUCAUUUCAAAACUCCGGACCUAUGUAUAGUUUCAAAGUUAGUGACGACUGAAUAUGUGAAGAACAAUAGUGAAGAUGGUUGCAUUGUAAAGAACGAUGAAGAUUUGUCCCUCGUUUACACUCUAGAUGGUUUCAGAGAAAUUAUUCCAACGGAAUUUGAAGAAUUAUGGGAAUAUGUAUUCAAUCAUAUGGAGCUGUUGUUCGGGAAUAUGAUAUUUGAAUCUACCUCAGUUUGUGAAAUAUUUUCUCAAAUUCUGUGUCCUGGCAGUCAAGAGGUGGCACACGAGGUUUCAAACGCGAUUCAAAGAAUCAUGGACGGAAAUGACGAGGAUUUGUACGACGAAAGUGAGCACGAGUCAAUCCAAGAUGAAGAGUCGAUUGAGAGUAAUGGUGAUCAAGAAGUGAAGGACCAUGUAGAAGAUGACUUAAUUAGUCCUGAACAAAGAGAUACAGAAAUAAACAAGAUAGAAGAAAUUCCGAGCAUUGGAUCACCAAGCAAAAAAAGCGAUCAAAGUUCUCAUUCAGAUGCCAGUAAUGCCCCAUCCGCCGCUAGCCCAUUGUCAAACAAUUCACCAAUUCACAAAGGAACGAUACCAUCAACAAAACUUGAUGAAAGUGCAAAGAAACCAGAUCCAGCCGAUAACUCUUUAGAUUUUGUUGGAAGCGUUUCAGAUGUAAGUGAUGACGACGAUUCAUCAACAUUUGAUUCCACAAAGCUUACCCCGCGAAAUAUCCCGGAAAAUACGGUCUCUGCUAAUGAUAAAAAGAAAGAAUUGCUUGAUGUAAGCUCAACAAGCGAUGCUACAGAAUCUGAAGUUAGCUUGCCAGGGCUAGAAAAUGAUGAAGUGAGUGAGAAAAAGGUAGAAGCUAAAGCCAAUACCAUACCAGUGAGUAAUGAUGAUGAUUCUGACUCUGGAGAAGAUCUGGAAGAUCUACUAAGCGGGAGUCUGGGUAGAAAUAGAGCGGGCAAUGGUAAUGCCGAGUCUGAGAAACCUAGAGGCGCAGAAGGAGCAAAGAUUCGAGCCCAUUUUAAUAAGAAACAAGAUUCAUUUGAGGUGGAUGAUCCAAUGCCGUUACCAAAGAAAAGUGAAGCUGCUUCAAGAAAGGAUGUUUUUUCACCUGAAAAUUCAAAAAGUAUUUCAAGCAAAUUCCGCAAGCCAGGUUUCUGGGAAAAUUCAGACUCGGAAUCUGAGGCAGGCGAACUAAAUAUAUCUGGUGGAAAUGAUUUAUCCGAAAAGAAAGAUGACGAUGAGUUCGACUUUGAUUUUUUCAGUUAAAUACACUUGCGAAUCAAAGAACUCGUCUGGUGGUUUGUGAACAGUUCAAACACUGAAAAAAUGAUCCAAGAUAUUACAUAACUGUUUCAUAGCCUUUGGUUUUGUGUUUAUGAUUCUAUCAAGUUGCUUUCGAUCAAAAACUGUAGAUAAACUUAAUCGACAAAAUUUUGUUACGUCGUCGUUUAGAAGACUGGCAAUAUCUUGCUUUAAGCAUGUUUUAAUUGAUAUUUGUAGCUAUUGUGAUAUAUAUAAUUUUUCAGAUUUUAAUUGUAAAUAGCAAAACUAUAUCAGUUUGGACGAAAAAGCUUUGCAUUAAGAAGAUAAAAAUUACGUGGAAGAUAAAUUUUUCACCGAGACAUGCGAUAAUGUUAAUUUAGUUGUUAUUAGUAUGGAUUAUACCUUGAGGGGCGUAGCCUCUGGGGGAGCCUUAAAUGAUUUGUAAGCAUGAUUUGUAAGCUUUUGUCUUGUCUGUCGCAUUGCUAUUUGCCUGCAGUCUUGCCUAUGCGAGAAAAUCAUUGUGUGCCUUACCUCAGUCAAAAUAUCCUUGCUACUUUUUUAUACGAUUGUUUCAAGGUAGCUGUAUUAUCUUUAAUGUGCCAUGAUACUAAGUAAGGAGAUGCGUGUCUUAUAUGAAAUUGUUUUGGGUG